CUUAAUGACACCAGCUGAGGAAAUCAGCAUUGUCUGCAAACUGCCUGUGGCCCAUCAUUCACAUACUCAGGUCUAUCAAGACGAACUUGUUUGACUGAUAUCCCUCAACAAGAUGAUUAAUGAGGAUUGGCUGUGCAGCUCAUUAAAGCUAUGUGAUCUAGUCACCACUUCAGAAUCUGCUCACUCUGAUGACUCUGCGCAGGUCGUAAUCAACAGUGAUUCAUACCCACAACCUGCUUAUAACCUAUCAUCAAUCCAACACACUUUGGAAACAUACAGCCAUUUGCUGGAUGUAACAUUAGAACAGAACUUAGAGCCCAUUCAACACUUUGCACAGACGACUGCCAAAACUAUUAUAGAUUCAGCCAUCAGGAUCAGAGACCCAAGAGAAUCCAUCAAACUGAGAGGGGACGACGUUGAGAUGCUGGCUGAAGAGUUAACUUUACAAGUCUGUUGCAAAGCAUUGGAAGAGAUAGAGAGGCAUCAUUACUCUGAUGAUCCAUCAUCCAAAAGUGUGGACGAUAAAGAGGGGACUUAUGGAAAUGCAUCGGCCCUGUGCUCCUCAGGGUACAACUGUGACAAAAAGUUCACAUCUGAAAUGGAAACAGACAACAAGAUGGAAGAAUAUGAUGACACAUCUACCACAGUAUAUGCUACUUCGUUGAAAAGCAUGGCUAGUCUGGGCUCUAUUGAGUACCCUGAUGCUCCUCCAAGCACCCCUUUACUUCCAGAGAUGAUCAGGAGUCGAGACAGUUUCACAAGGAAGCUCAAGGGAGGACUGGCUAAAGAGUUCCUUCCUUCACCCCCUCCACCGACCCCCAAAGACCACAUGCAACCAUUAAUGGAGAACCAAAUGACAGACGCGUCUGCUGACUUCAUGGUGAGACUGAUGCGCUCACUUUCACUGGAGUGCUGUCAAAAUGGAGGUCUGGAAGAAGACGAGAACGGAGAAGUUGAUGAUAGCGGACUCCAAAAUGAUGUUCCCGGGCUAACUGACUAUGCAGCUCAAAUUUCUGCAGAUAUCCUUCAUUUUAUCACCACAAAUGAGAUAAAAGUCAAGGAUGAGGGUUGUGUGCAAAGCAUGUGGGCUAUUACUGACCAACUGGCGAGUGAAAUUGUCACAACGUCUCUAGCAGAGGUGAUGGCGAGAGGAGAAUGGAAAGUUUUGGAGGAAGAAACAACAUCAUGCUCAAAGUAUAAGGUAGAUGUGGCUCCAGACACAAAGUCUAAGAUCUCUGCAACAGAUGGGGUGAAAGUUUUAGCUAGUGAGCUAAUCAUUAAUGCUAUGGUUCAUACUUUUGCUAAGCUAGGACAGGGUGUGUUUAAACAUGGAACUCAGCCACAUCUUUCGGGCCAAACUGUAGAACCACAGCCAUGGGAAGAAGGAAGAUAUUCAAACACACUGUGUAAAGACUCAAUCAACUCCCACAAAGCCAAACCCUUCAGAUGUUGCAGCGAUAAAUCAGAACUGAACCCUAUUACAGAUGACGCCAUAAAAGUGAAAUCAUCGGUAGACACAUUUGCCAACGACUUUGCAGAAGACGUGCUUCAGCAUUCUGUGUGUUUACUGUUCAACUAUAAGCAAUCUCAGGGAGCAGGAUUUGGCCCAGAGAAAGACAUUAAACCAUGGCUAAUCAAAAUGUGUGCUGGGGAAAGUCCUGUCCAGGAACUGCAGUGUGCUCUACUCUGGGCCGCAGCCUCUCAGAAAGGGACUAAAGCAAUUCAGUUUGAGCUUCCAGACAAAAGCCUUCAACAAAAGCUUUGCAGACUCUCUCAGAGUGCUCGUCUGAAUGGCUGGACGGUGGGUGCUUUGAUGGCUUCUCUCGAUGAGUUUUGUGACAUGCAUCAAGAGACCAGCAGAGGGCCCCAUAAGAGCUCAGAUUCUCUCGUGGAGCAUCUGCAGCACCUGAUUGACAAUGUGCGUUUAAACGGAUCGUGAAGCUUUACCCUUGCAGAACUGGUCAGUGAUCCAUGCAACACCCCCUGAAAUAAAGACGGAAAACGGCAGACAUUAAUCUUCAUCCACACAAUCUUUCACAUCCCAAACAUUAAUAAAAGGAGACAAAGUCAUAACAAAGCAUACACAGUUAUAAUCAAUUUCUCUCUGACCCAUUGAAAAUGAGCCCUUAAAGACGAAACAGCUGCAUGCACGCUGUCUGUUUAUACCAAAAUAAGAUCUGCUCUCCCGGUCCAAGCACUCAAACCACAGCCAUUAUUAGGUAAGCGGAAAUCUGACUACAAAUCAGCUUUGGAAGUUACUACCACCCAAAACACACUGACACAUUCUUGACCAAAGAUCCUGUAUUCUGUAUGUUCCCGUGUUGUUAUUUUCCAAAAAUAUGUCAGUACCUAUAAUAAAGUGUGUCUGAAAAUGAUAAACAGUGAAUGCUGUAUUGUUGAAGCUGUUUUAUGAUGGAGCUGCGG